AUGGUGUUGGGGUUUUUGCUGGUUGCAGGCAUCAAUACGGAUGAAUACGGGGCUUUAUUGUAUACUCUAGCACUAUUGGGAGCAGCUCUGGGACUACAAGUGACUGUAGAUGAUACUGCAGAUGAUCAUACGUCACCUCAGACGCUGCUGUCGAUGACAAUAGCGAUGCUUUUUGCUGCAACUUUAGGGUUGUUGACACCUGAGAGUGUUGUUCAUGCUCAACAGAUUGCCAAUGAUCGAGUUAGUGCUGAUGGAGGUGUUAUGAGCUCGAUCACAUGGACAUUUUAUCUCUUGGCUGCUGCUGGAAGUCAAUUUGUUACUGUUUAUUUUGAGAAAAAGAAGAGAUGGCUGUCUUUAGUGAAUCAAGUAAAGGCUCGACUUGUGGGCUCAUUGACGGGGAUGGUAUUGGCUAUUGUUGUUGCAAUGUGGGAGCGGCAAUGGUUACGUGCUGCUCUGAGUAUGGCAGCGUGCACUCUGAUCCUCUACGUGCAUGUGAGUCGUUGGUGGCGUAUUGAUGCAUCAUUUGAAGAUGGUGUCAACGAUAAAGUGUAUCUAGACAGGUAUGGGUCAAGCUCUGGAUCGGAUUCAAAGAAUAGCACGCUGUCUGGGUUGAGCUUUAUUUUUGGUGUACUGUGGUCACGACGUGCCUCGCGCCAAAUGCUAAUUUUCCUAUCGAUUAAUGUUGCCUUCAUGUUCGUGGAACUUGGCGUCGGUCUUUACACAAACUCGCUUGGUCUCAUGGGUGACGCUGGACACAUGCUAUUUGACAAUGGCGCGCUCAUGAUUGGCCUCGUGGCCUCGUAUAUCGCUCAGCUUCCGCCUAACGCAAAGUUCACGUACGGCUAUGGUCGUGUAGAGGUCCUCUCGGGCUUCUUAAACUCACUGUUGCUGCUUGUUGUGUCAUUUCACCUGCUAACUGAAGCGGCAUCACGCUUCAUGGAUCCACCCAAGGUUACAACAGACCAUUUGCUACUCACAUCAACGGUUGGACUUAUUGUAAACCUAGUCGGUCUAUUCUUUUUCCACGAUCACGUUCACGGUCAUAGCCACAGCCAUGGAGGAGAUUCAGGAGGAUGCGGUGGUGGCCAUGGGCACAGUCACGGCAACAGUCUCCACCAGUCUCAUGGCGAAGCUGCUUCUGAAGGUGGCCACCUUGGUGGGAACAGCAAUAUGUACGGCGUCUAUCUCCACGUGUUGGCCGAUACGCUGGGUAGUGUAGGCGUGAUCAUUUCAUCAGUGUUGAUUCAAUUGUACGAGUGGCAUGUGGCUGACUCUGCGUCCUCAGCACUGAUUUCUUUGCUGAUUUUGGGUAGUACGCUGCCUUUAUUGAGGGACACAGCUCGCCAACUACUGCAAGGUGCACCCCAGGAGCUGGAAGGAAAUGUUAAUGCGGCUUUGCAUGAUGUGCAAACAAUUGUAUCAGGCGUGGAACGUAUAGCUCAGUGGAAUAUUUGGCAUCAUGCGGGCGACAUAAGCGUGGCCACGUUACAUCUCGAGGUUGCAUCUUCUGCUGACGAGCAGCAUGUGCUUCAGCAUACGAGGGAUAUCUUUUGGCAUCAUGCACGACUCGACAAGUUCCUGUCAGUGCAGAUCUCAAAGCCUCAGGUGCUCGAGACCUUUGGUCUACAAGGUGUUGGAGCCGAGCGGCCAGCUGUUAUGAAUGGUUGCAGUGCUGGCCAUGGUCACAGCUAUGGUAACGGUCAUAGCCAUGGGGCCACUGAGCCUUUGAUGGCUACCUCUGCAUUCCCACUGCACCAUCAGCACUCGCAUCCUGUGGCUACAACGAUGGGCACUUACGAGAAUCCAGCUAGCGAUGACUCUUGCUACAUCUUCUCGCCAGAACUUCCGCCAAAAACCUUUGGUAUACACAGCAACAGCCGUGACCAUUCAGCAUUCCCACUACACCACCAGCAUGCGCGACCCGUGGCCACUACGACGAGAGUACUUCCGCUGGAUAUUCACAACCAUAACCAGGGGCUUCAUAACCAUACAGCCUCUGCAAAACUCCAGCCGACAGCUCCGUUCUCUGUUGAUCAUCAGCAAUGUCAGCGACUACAACAGCGCAGUACCGCAACCUUUUCAGGAGCGCAGCGUUGGUAG